AAGCGCUGGCUGCAAUCGCUCGCAUUUGUGAUUGCUAUAACUGAAGGAUAAGCUGAAAGACCCCACCACUCCACGCUGUCAAGAGCAAGCUCCUUGCAGGGGCAGACAAGCCCAUAUUACUAUGGAGAGCACCCAGCCGCAGAGCGAUGCCAAGCAGAGCGACGCCAAGAAGCAGAGCGAUGCCAAGCAAAGCGACGCCAAGAAGCAAAAGGGCCGCGUGAAGAAGCUGCGCCGCUGGGCCGCCGCGGGUGACGUCUACACGCGCGCGCGCCUCGCCGAGUGCGCCGCGCACGGCGUCGACGCGAAACUGACGGCGGAGACCACGCCGCCGGCGAAGGGCGGCCGCGUCCCGACGGUCAAGGGCGACGUCGGCACCGUCGUCUGGCGCGCGCUCGCGCCGAGCCUCGACGCGGCCGUCGGCGCCGUCUACGCGGACCCCGCGAGCGAGACCGAGGCGCGCCGGGAGUGGCCGCCCUGGCUGCGCCUCGGCAACGCGGCGCGCGCGCGCCGCGUCGUGCUGGCCGUCGCGCCGGGCGUGGCCGACGCAUCGGCCGUGCCGUUCCUGCGCGGCGGCGUGGCCGCGCGCGUCUACGGCAAGCGCCACGGCGACGCGGACCGCGACGCGCUCGACGCCGUCGCCGCGGCGCCGCCGCCCUGGGAGGCCCCGCCGCCGAAGCGCAAGAAGGGCUCCGGCGGGCGCCGCGCGCAGAAGCGGCGGCGCAAGGAGGCGGCGCGCGCCGCGGAGGCGUCGUCCGACGACGACGACGACGAGCCGGACGUCGACUUGAUGGAGGCGCCCUGGGCGCUGCUGCGGGACGCGGUCCUGACGCGGGCGCAGCUGGCGGCGAACGACUACCCCCUGCCGCGCGAGGCCGCGCCGCGCCACGUCGCGCUCGGGGCCGACGACGACGGGGAGGACCUCGGCGUCGUCGACGGCGCCGAGGCGUACCGGCUGCCGAGCCGGCCGCGGGCGGCGGCGAUCUUGGAGAGGUGCGGCGCCGAGACGGUGCGGCGGAGCGGCGCGCCGCCCGGCGCGCGCCGCCGCGUCUUCGGGCUCGACUGCGAGAUGGUCCAGACGACGGCCGGGGCGCGCGUGGCGCGCUGCACGCUCGUGGACGGGGCGGGCGCCGUCGUCUUUGACGAGCUCGCGAAGCCGGCGGAAAAGGUCGUCGACUACUGCACGCAGUGGAGCGGCCUCGACGAGGCGGCGCUGCGCGGCGUCGCGACGAGCGUCGACCAGGUCCGGGCGGCCCUCCUCGAGACGGUCGACGCCGACGACGUCUUGGUGGGCCACUCGCUCGACUGCGACCUGCGGGCGCUGGGCCUGGCGCACCACGCGUGCGCCGACACGGCGCUCCUCUACGGCCACCCCCGCGGUGCGCCCUACAAGAAGAAGCUCAAGCAGCUCGCGAAGGAGUUCCUGGACCGGGAGAUCCAGGACGGGGCCCACGACUCGGCCGUCGACGCGCGCGCGGCGCUCGACCUCUUCGCGCUGCGGGUCGCGCGCGGGCCGGCGUUCGCGGGCGGCGCCGAGGACGCCUUCGCGCGGCUGGCGCGCCACGGCUGCCGCGUCUGCGUCGUGGGCGACGCCGCCACGCUCCAGCGACGCGCAACGGGCGCCGUGUCCGCCGUCCGCGCGACGGGCGCCGGCGUCGCCGCGGCCGCGGCCCAGAAGCACGCUGAAGGUUGGAACCUCGUCGUGGCGCGGCUCGAGGAGGGCGGCGACCUCGACGGCGCGUGCCGCGUGCUAGAGGCCGCCCUCGCGGACGACGCGCUCCUGGUCGUCGUCGCGCAGCCGCCGCUGGACGAGGCGAACCGCCUGGCGCGCCAGAAGCGCCUCGCCACGGACCCGCGCGCGUCGACGGUCUGGACGGCCGAGCGCGAGAAGGCCUGCGCCGCCGCGCUGCAGGCCGCGUCGUACGCGGCGGUCGUCGUGAAGGCUCGCGGUGGCUAA